AUGGUGUUCGGGUGGGACAGGAAGAUCAUGGGAGCUGAUGUGAGUGCAUUCUGUGAGUCUUGCUCUAUGCACAUCCAAGAGAAGACAGGCUUCGAGGUUUGCAUCCGGCCGAAGCAACCUCCGGAUAUGUUCCACAUGCUGGAGAACAUCGGUGAGCAUACUUCCGUGGAUUGCCCCGCUCCGCUUUUGGCCGCCGGCAAUUGUAUCCUGGCAGCCUUGUACCACCUAGGCUUCGGAGAACAGGCUCUGGCUAUGGAAGGCCGUCGCGAGCACCCACAUCACCUGUACUUCCAAAGAAGAAAGCAUCGCACCUAUGAACAGGUAUCCCAAGGUUGCGACGUGCCGAUGUCGCCGCGCUUCUGCUUGGACGGAGCUGAGGCUUCAGCGGUCAAAAGUGUGUUCGUGUAUCGGUCACCAGCAGGUGCCAAGAUCUUGAUGCACAUCGUCAGAGACGGCAAACCCCACUGUGUUGCUGUGGAGUUCGCAGGUCAGGACAAGGUCCAUGUGAAGAACGGACGCAUGGGUUUUUCCGUGACGCGGGCCUCUUUCCAGACAAUCGUCGAUACGGCAACUUAUGUGAAGCCGCUGGUCUUUUUCUUCCUGGCAGAGUAUGAUGAGAAGAUUAACUCCCAACUUGCAUCAAGUGAGGACCUAGCAUCCCUACUGGAGAUGCAAGCCGCAGGUGACAACGGAGACGACGGCCUGGAUCUCGUCAUCGAUGUGGACGACAACCGUGACAUCCUGCCAAUGGAGGCAGGCGAGGACGAGUCUGGGGCAGAAGAGGCAGAGGAGCACAUCACGAAGGUAGCUGAUGAAAUCCUAGCUGCCAUGAAGGUCGAGGUUGGCAAGUGGCUGCGCAGUGCAGCCAACCAUCAAAUCAAGGCCGAGGAAGGCGUGUUCAGAUGUCCCUUGUGCCCUUUUCGGUCCUGGCCGACACAGCAAUCCAAGAGCAGAGUUCUGCAGCACAUGCAAAAGCACCACGUGCAGGGCAAGCAAUAUGUGCCAAGCGGAACUAAGCAGCUGAAAGUCACUAUUGCGCUGCAUGACUGCGACCAAUGCCGACGUCGCACUCGCCAACCAAAUUUAUUGAAGAGAAGCGCAGCAAUGUUGCGGUCCACUGUUUCGCCGCCUUUGUCUUCGAAAGAUAUGAACAUCGACAGGCACAUUCGGCUCGUCCUUACAGGACACGGACCACAAUACUGGAACGCGGAAACAGUUUUCAAUCCUUCGUUGAGGCGAGUGCGCAACAUGUACUACACGCAUGAGUUCGCACAAAUGUUGUUCCAGGAUAUUCUUACAUGCGAUGCAAAGGUUUAUGCUUUGCACGCGCGCAUGACCGCGCGCUUCCCAGGGGAGGUUUCCAGUCUUCUGCCACGCCACUCCAGACAUUGGUGGCCGCUCAUUGAGGACGUUUUCUCCUCUGGAAAAGUGACAGGCAUCUCUGCGCAGCUUGCAAAGGAACUCCUGGACCAUGAAGAGAUGCAGGCAAUCAGCAUCGAUGCAACUCUUCGAUGCUGUUUGCCAAUCCUGGGACAGGUGCACCCGCGUGCAAGCAAGAAGCUGAAGGACAUUGCUGUGUUUGCAGGCGAAAUGGCGUUGACCAGAGUGCUGACAUGCCGAGGACGCACCAACGCCGUGCUCCUCAUGGACACCGUUGCUGGCGACGACAGCGAGCAGGUGGUCAAAAGCCUGACCGCGAACUUGUCCGCCGCCGCCUUGGCACAUGUCCAAUUCGUCAGCGUGGACAAUCCUUCGUACAAGUACUGGCAGGCGCUGCGGACAGUGUGCCCAAAUCUGCAGGUCAUGAUGCUGGACCCCACUCAUCUGGCGAUGACAUUCGAGUACGCCUCCAGCAGGAAAAGGACGCCAGGCUCCAAAGCUCUUCGGGCUGUCUUACAAAAGCUUUCUGCAGUUGAUCUCUCUGCAGAUGCGAGAUCCUGGGGGCUUGUGCACACUGGUGCCAACUCAAGACCUUUGACAGUGGAAGAAAGAAGGGUUCGAAACCAGAUCGAGGACCGGUCAAUGCGCAAAGCAGACGCCGCGAAGAUCCUCAACUCGCUGGAGGUGGACAAGCGCUUCUACUUGCGAUUGGAGUGGAUCAAAGCCGCCAAAGCCCUUGCUUGCCGCUAUCGCAUCAGUCAUCAGUGCAUCGCGACGAGCUAA